GACACACAAAAAGGAAAAUAUUUUUAUACCACUGUUCUUGUGACCUUGUCUUUUGGAGCAUUGAGGAAAUCAUACAGAAUUAGAUUCUGCUCUGGUUACAACUAUUGAAUAAUACAUUGCAAACAGCCUCUGGUCUGUCAUCAGUGGGGCAAUAGUCACUUGCAAGGGUAAUUCAGAGCUGGUUGAGGUCUCUCCCUGUUUCACUUGAUGCAGAAGAAACAGAAGCAUCUGAAGGGCUGGGAAAAGUAAAGAAGGGAAAUUUCUCUGCCUGGCUUUUGAUCUCAGCUGUGAGUGCUCAAGGGAGGCCUGACCUGGGAUGGAUUACUGACUUGAGCAAAGCUAUGUACCUGGAUUACCUUUGCUGUGUUACCAUUAAGCAAGAGGGAUGACUCAGAUACCUGCUGACUACCUGUCAACCACCAGCUCCUACAACUAUGAGCAGCCCCUUACUUCUGUGGCUCGGACAAGCACUGUCACCAAGGUACUCCCAGCCAAAAAAAUAACCUUCUUCAAGAGUGGAGAUCCUCAGUUUGCAGGAGUCAAGAUGGCCAUCAACCAGCGAAGUUUCAAGAGCUUCAGUGCACUCAUGGAUGACCUCUCUCAUCGGGUCCCACUGCCAUUUGGGGUACGGACCAUUACCACCCCACGAGGAAUACAUUGCAUCAGUGAGCUGGACCAACUAGAGGAUGGAGGAUGUUAUCUUUGCUCCGACAAGAAAUAUGUCAAGCCUAUUAGCAUUACUUCUGGGGGACACAGGCCAGGCCCUCCACGAAACGGCCGUCCCUCCAGUACCUUAAGAAGAACAGCUCAGGAGGGCAAGCUUGAAGAUUAUUCCACACCUUUCACUCAGCAUGGCCCCAGAAUACCAAAGAAGAUCACACUAGUUAAGAAUGGAGAAAGUGGUUUUCGUCGUUCAAUCAUUUUGAACCGCAGAAAUGCCAGGAGUUUCAAAACACUCCUGGAUGAGAUUUCUGAGAUCCUGCAGUUCCCAGUGAAGAAGCUCUACACUGUUGAUGGGAAGAAGAUCGACAGCAUGCAGGCUCUGCUUCACUGCCCCAAUGUGCUGGUGUGUGUUGGUCGGGAGCCAUUCAAACCCGUACUGAUGGAGAAUUUGAGGAAACACUCAGUGGAGAAGCUGCCUAACCUGGCUCCCCGUUCCAAUGGCAACAAUGUCAAAGAAAACAAUGAAGAUAAUGGUGUACCUUUCUCAAACAGUUGCUUGCAUUCAAAACCUGGGGACCUGGUCCAUUCCUUGGUCAAUGAUGACAUAGAAAAGCGGGUACAUGUGAACAAGGAUGGCAGCUUGUCUGUUGAGAUGAAAGUCCGCUUCCGUUUGCUAAAUGAUGAGACUUUGCAGUGGUCCACCCAGAUCAAAAAGUCCAAUCUGAUGAACCAGAUGCCUUGCGAAGAGUCAGGUGUAGGGGAAGACAAUGGAGUACACCCCAUAGAGAAAAUGAACCCAGAAGCCAGCUCAGAGGCAGAUGAGUCAUUAUAUCCCUGUGAUAUUGAUUCUUACAUGUCGAAACUUGAGGAAUCGGAAUGUGAUGAGGCUCAUUGUCAUAGCUGUGGAAAGAAACACCAGGACUAUGACAUUUGGAAAAACCCCAUGCACACAUCCCAGAGGGGAGAGCCCAGUGUACGAAGCACCUGGCACACACGGUCAUCAUGCUCCAGCACAUCUUCCCGAAGGAGAGUAGUCCACAAAAAAAUGGCUUCUGUGGAUAGCCUCCGCACCACAUCCAGUGAGGAAUUCUCUGAGCACAUUGUGCAAGAGUCCUCAUCCUACUCAGAGACUAUAGAGAACAGAGUAGCAUAUCGAUCCAUUAAAAAGUGCACGUGUCAAAGUGAUUUGUCAACAGGUGCUUCCAAUGGAGAAGACCAGCAAGAAUACACUCAAACAAGCACAAGCAAUAGUCAGAGACCUUCAUCCUUGGGUAUAAUGUCACAUUCAAGCUGUGAAAACAACCUGGAUACUCAAGAAACCCCUGAAGACCAUGAGGCCAGCAAAACCAAUUCACAAAAUGAAGAUGAAACUUGUUUUGAAGUCUCCUCUGUGAAGUGCUUAAAGGAUGGUGGGGAAGAGGUUGAAAGCAGCAGAGUUGGGAGUGCCAUGUCAAGGUCAUCUCUGCAGUCCAGAAAGAGCAAGAAGAAUGUAUGUGAGGAAACAAGUAGUGUGGAUAGGAGCACGUCCUCCUCAAGCCUUCAGAAGGCAAAUCAAGACAGUAACACUAGGUCUUCCACUCCUGCCAAUAGUGUGCACAGCAAGUCUAGUAACUGUACUGCACCAAGAGCAAAGAGUGAACAGGAUGACCAUUCUGAUGACAAUGCAGUGAUCUCCUCCUUCUCCAGUGAGUCCAACCCAAAGAAAGAGGCUGAAGAGGUUGAAGCAGAGGAAGAAGAAAAUGAAAUCAAUGAAGUCAGCUCAGUGUCAGCAAAAUCAAAGCCCAGUCAAUUGAUUAGAGAUGAAAGCAGUGAAGGGAAGCCAAAGAGCAAAAAAAUUCGUUCAACCAUGUUCAAGAAUUCCUCCAUUAGCAGCAUAGGUACUGCUUCAGUGAUGACCCCACGAAAAGAGCACAAAGAAAUUGUUGAUUCCUCCAAAGCAACUUCCUAUGGGUCUAAAUCAGCUGGAGCUGAAAUAGAUGAUGAGAAGAGUAAAGAGAUUGAUGUUUCUUGCAAUAAAAAAGUAGAGGAAGAGUUAGAAGGCAUGGACAUGCAGGAGGAAGGGAGUGAACUAGUGCCAUCUACUCUACCAAAUACAUCUCCAGAAGAGGUUGUGCAAGAAUGGCUGAGUAAAAUCCCUUCAGAAACAUUGCUUAUGAAAUAUGAAAUGGAGGAUAAUGUAGAAGAGGAAUGUAUGGAGGCAACCACUGAGGUAUCAUAUUGUACAAAUGCUGAGGAAAUCUCAGAGGAUGAAAAAGCUGAGAAAAAGGAGGAGGCUGAAAAUGAGGCAAAGGAUGAAGUAGGAAAAGAGGCAGCAGAAGGUACAGCUAUUAAUGAAGAGGCUGAAGAAUGCAUGAAUCAGGAACAAAUCUCUGAGGUUGUGUCCGAAGCUGACAAAGCUGACCAGGCAGAAUGCAGCCAGUCAGCUACAUCCCAACAAAAUAGCAACAGAAGAGACCUGCCAACCACUGUCCAGACUUCAGUCCAGAUCAUGAAGGCCUUGCUUAGUUCAAAACAUGAAACAAAAUUUGACCGAUCGAACAGUUUGCCUGAAGUGUCCCCUACUAUGGGGAGGAAACUGAGUAACUCUGCCAGUAUUCUGAUUACUUGUCUUGCCAGUCUCCAGCUCCUUGACGAAGAGUCAGAAGGUCCAUCAGAUAAAUCAAAAUGUUUGAAUAAGCCAAGGUACAUGGAGCUGCUAAAUGUUUUUCAAGCCCUGUGGUUUGAAUGCGUACCUGAAAAAAGUGGCCCAUGUUCAGAUCAAGAAGCGUGUGAACAGGCAAAGACAUCCUCAGCGUUUAAAGCCCCCAAAUCUGUAGAUUAUGACUUCACUCCCAUGUCCUCUUCUGGGGUUGAUGUUAACAGUGGUUCUGGUGGCUCAGUGGAAGAGAAUACAGCUGGUGCCAGAGACUGCACUUUGGCGGCACAGAAAACUGCUGAAUUCAAAUCAUCUGGACAAGUGGAAAAUGUAGAGACUGGCACUGAACUGACUGAGGCUGAGAAGCAAAGUCAAAAGGAAGAGCAGUCAUCCCGACCUUCAACAGCCUGCUCAAAAUCAAAGGCUGAGGAAAAAGCACAGUCUACUAGAGAGAACUCUCUAAUUCAAGAGGCAGAAGAGAAUAAGGAGGACCAGUGCAGUAACUGUGAACAUGGUCAGGAGGAAGAGGGAGACAAUGAAGACAAAGAAAACCGCAAAUUAACUGAAAAUGGAGAACAAGAAGAAUCUGAAGUUGUGAACGAUGAACUCCCAAAAGAAAAUCUUGAAGAAGAAGCUGAUCAGCUAGCCGCUACUGACAAUACAAAUGUCAAUGAUGCUGACUGUGGAACAGAGCUGAAAGACUAUUUGGAAGAGCAGCUUGAAAAAGAGUCUCCAAAUGACCCAGAACCCAAAGUUGAUACAGCCACCAGUGUGGGCACAUCCUUUGUUCAGCAAAACUCAAUGGAUCCAGACCCAGUUUGGGUCCUGAAACUACUCAAGAAAAUUGAGAAGGAGUUCAUGGCUCACUAUGUCAGUGCCAUGAAUGAAUUCAAAGUCAGGUGGAACCUGCAGGACAACCAACAAAUGGAUGAAAUGAUAUUGGAACUGAAGGAGGAAGUGAGUAAAAGGAUACAAAAAAGCAUAGAGAAGGAGCUGAGAAAGAUCAAAACCAGAGCAGGGAAGAAGCUGCCAAGACCUCCGGAUGAACCUCUCAGACGAGAGUCAACACUCCAAACUGAGCAGAGGAGACUGCGAUUGCAAACUAUGCAUAAAAAGUCACACUUCAGUGACAAGAAUGGAAACCAGACUAGGCUAGAAGACACAUCAGACUUAUCUUUUGAUGUAGAUAAAGAUACAGCAUUCAGUGAAGCUUUUGAGGCCAGUAUUAGUAAACAAACAAGUGAGGAGGAAUACUGCCCAUGUGACUCUUGUGUGAGGAAACAAAUGGCUUCCAAACCCACAAGAAAUCCAGUGGUGGCCACCAAUGCCCCAGUCAUGAAAGCAUUUGAUUUACAGCAAAUCCUGAGGUUAAAGAAAAAUUAUAAUGAGGAAGCCUGUGUCUCAGAAGCAGCCCAAGACAACAAAACAACUCCCAGUAGUUCUGUGGAAGAAGCAACAGAGAAUGGCAAUCCAAAUGAGGAGAAUGACGAAGGUGAAACGGAAGUGGAGGGCAAUGAAGAAAAGGAGCCAGAAUUAAAUGAAAUGGGCAGCUCAAUGUUGAAUGGAGGUGAAGGAUCUGAAAUAUCAGAAAAUCAAAACUGUGAGGUGGAGAAUGAAGUUAAAGAUGAAGAAACCAAUGAAGAAGAAAAGAAAGAAGCAGAAGUGGAGGAAGAAGCAAAAGAGAGAGAAGAGGAAGCAAAAGAGAAAGAGGAGGAAGAGGAAGAAGAGGAGGAAGAGGAAGAAGCAAAUGAAGAGGGAGAGGAAGGGAAGGAGGAAGAGGAAGAAACAAAAGAAGAAGAGGAAGACAUGAAGGAGGAGGAAGAAGCAAAAGAGGAGGAAGAGGAAAAAGAGGAAGAAGUAAGCAAGGAGCAUGAUGAAGCAAAAGAAGAGGAAGAAUCAAAACAAGAGGAGCAGGAAGUAGAAGAGGUAGAAAACCCCAAAGAGGAGGAGGAGGAAGAAGCAAAGGAAGAGGAGGAGGAAGUUAAUGGAGAAGAGGAAGAACAAGAAGAAACUCAAAAUGAAGAACAGGAAACUGAAGCUGACAAUGAUGCUGAAGAAGAAGAGGAUGAGGACAUUGGGGCUGAUAAUGAGGAAGAGACAUCUGAAUGCAGAGGAGAUGCUGACGGCUCUGGAACUGUCAACAGUCCUGAAGGAAAUGCUGCAGAAGGAAGUGAAGCUGAGCAGCAUGAAGCUGAAGCAGAGGAAGAUGCAAAUCCAGAAUCAGAUGAGAUGUGUUCAGAUAAGGAGAAAAACAACAGUGAAGGAGAUGACAAAUGUGAUGAGAAUUUUGAGAAACCUACUAGUGAUGACCCUGACAAGGCACAUGAAAAGCAUGAAUUGAAACAGGUGAAAGGUAACAAGGUUUCUGAGAGAGCCUUAAAGGCCAAAGAAAGAAAAAGCAAUAAAAGGCUAGGGACUCUGAACAAAGCAGCUGCCUUUUCUUGUUAUUCUUCUGUAGGAAACUUCUCACAGCAAUCUCAGAAGGGGUCUGAAGAUGAAGAAGAAUGCAAAGAUGACAAUAACUCCAUGAGCAAUCUUCCUAAUGGAGAAGUGCACAGUGAUGAGAGCAGCAAACCCUCACAGAUGUAUCCUGACAGCGAGGAAGAAGAGGACAAAGCAUCUUCAUGCACUGAUCCUUUGGAAGAUGAGGACCAGGUAGACGUUGAAGGGGCAGAUCCAAAGGAGGUUGAACAUACUGAAAAUGUUCAGGCUUCUAAAAAGAAAGAAGACUCUAAUGAGAUUGGCCAGGAUGACCUGGACUUCUAG